AUGGAGCCAAUUAUUGAUAAUAAUUCAAAAGUAUUCAUUGUUACUGGUACUUCAACUGGAAUAGGUUUAUCAAUUGUAAAGAAAAUUUUAGAUCAAAAAUUAAGGGUUGUAGCAUUUACAAGAUCAAAAGAAGUUGUUGAAAAUCAAGUUAAAGAUUAUUAUUCAAAAAGUAAUAAAAAUAAUAUUGAUUACCAAUCAUCAUUAUUAGCAAUUCAAGUUGAUAUAACAAAUCAACAAAGUGUUGAAAAUGGAGUUCAAGAAGCAUUGAAAGUAUUUGGUAGAAUUGAUGUUGUGGUUAAUAAUGCAGGUUAUAGUCAAUGGGGUAAUACUGAAGAAGUGAGUGAUAAGGAUCAUAGGGAUAUCUUUGAAGUUAAUUAUUUCUCAGUUUUAAAUAUUAUUAAAUCCACAUUACCAAUUUUAAGAAAACAAAAAAGUGGAUUAAUUUUAAAUGUUUCAAGUUUAAUUGGCCAUCUUCCAUAUCCAGGUUUUUCAUCAUACGUAGCUAGUAAAUUCGCACUCACAGGUUUGACAUUAACACUUGCAAAAGAAGUUGAACCAUUGGGUAUUAAAGUUGUAUUAUUGUCCCCUGGCGUAUUCAAGACUGAUAUCACCCAUAAACAACAAUUUAAAAAUCUUGAAAAUCCAAUCGCAGAUUAUUAUCAAAAAGUAUCACUUCAAGAAACCUUUGAUUCAUUGAAAAAGUAUGAAGAUCAUGCAAAAGGUUCAUCAGAUAAAUUUGGUGAUCUUGUCAUUGAAAUUAAUCAACUUUAUGAACAAGGUAAACAAUUACCAUCAAACUUUUUCAUUGGUAGUGAUGCUGUUGAUCAUGCUCAAGUACAUUUAACUAAUCUUUUAAGUGAAUUAAAUCAAUGGAAAGAUCUUUGUAUUUCAACUGAUAAUUAA